CUUGCGACCACUUCACGCUUGUCACCUAUCAUGGCCAGUCAGUCCCUGUCCAUCAUGCAUGGAUGCUGCUUUGGAUCUCCAUAUGCCAGGUGGCCAGUCCUGUUCAAGCUUCUGGCAGAUCCACAUGGGACAACUCAAUUCUCGACGUCUUUCCCAUUGCCGUCAUGGCAAAUGCCUUGUCCCAUCCCAAUUCCUACCAAUACGCAGGCUAACAUUGAAGCAGGGCCCUUUUCCUGACAGGGUAACCUCUGAUCCUGGUUUCUCCUGUGAGCGUCACAUGAAGAUUGAUAUACAGUUACAAUCAACAUCACAUUAGGUCGGUUCUUGAUGCUUCAACGUUCUCCACCUGGGCGGGUCGCUAUACCAAAAUGAAGACCCUACACCUCCCGAUGUUUUGUCACACAUGGUUCGACCGGAUCUAAUGAAAAGGCCUCGUACACAGCAGUGCUUUUAUUUUGCCUGUGAUCGGAAUACGAACGAGAGCCUGUCCUCUCUCCAUCAUUCGGCGUCUCGUUCCAAUUGUCGUCCCAUGAGACAUGCUGGCUGAGUCGACUACGAUUCCACUCAUGUUGGCACUUUACCUUUGGCCCCUGGCGACCCUGGCCCUUAUCUGCUAUGUUCCAGCUUCGUCAUAUGCCUCUAGCGAAAUCCCAACGAAUCAAAGCCGAACCAAUGAUUGCCAAAAUACAAUGUCGGUUUUUCCUUGCUGAAUCCUUUCCCAGGCUGUCACCGAAGUCAGCAUCGUCGGGGACUCGUGUAAUCUCGUUACUGCUAGCUAACACUCAGGACUGGACCCAACAUUCCAGCGCCCGGCAUGGCUAUCUUUCUCCACGAGGACAGUGGAUCAGUCGACCCUGUCAAACCAAAACCUUCUGCAGUGCCCGUCUAUGGUGGUCCCGAGGUUGGUUUAGCAAAUCACUACAAUGGCUGAAAAUGUCUCAAAGGGCUUCACUUGCCUCUCAGCUGUGAUACAUCUUACGCCAGGGAAGACAAUAGCACCGUGUGCCACAAGUUCAGCUGAAGCAGCGAUGGUGUCCGCGAGGCUAGCCCAUGGACAAAAUACGAAUGCAAUGCUUCGAUCAGUGAUCAAGGCCGUACCCUCGUCUAUUGUCUUGUUUGUCAAUCCAUUCCCAUCAUUCUUUCUCGAUCUUCCAUCGAACUGGGCUAUCUUCCCUUCACCACACUCGUUCAUGGUCUAUCCUUACUGUCACCGUCCUACCGAGCCCCUUAUCACCUUCGUUUCACAUUCUCUUGCCCUUUGAGUUUCGUUCACUUCCAGUACCUAUCAUUGCCUUCCAGAGCCAUGUUCGACAUGCUCUUCCUGUUCGCAAGUUUCCUUGUCACGAUCAAUGCUCUUCGAUAUGAUCCGCUGUAUACACAAUACAACCUUAAUGAGAACCAGACCGCCGUCCAUCCGCUUGAUUACUGGGGAGAAUGGUCGGGACACAACUAUACACCCUCCCCCGAAAACUGGAGAUUUCCGUGGUACACUCUGUUCCUCGACCGCUUUGUGAACGGCGACCCUUCAAAUGACAACAUAAAUGGCACUUCUUUUGAGCACGACACCAAUUCUAAUCAAAUGCGACAUGGCGGGGACCUGCUGGGUCUCGUGGAUACUCUUGACUAUCUUCAAGGCAUGGGCAUCAAGGGCCUCUAUAUCGCUGGGUCCCCUUUCAUCAAUAGUCCCUGGGGCUAUGAUCAAUACUCCCCUCUAGACCUCUCCCUCCUCGACCAACACUUCGGGAACAUCGAGAUGUGGAGAACAGCAGUCACAGAGAUCCAUUCAAGGGGCAUGUAUGUCAUCCUGGACAAUACCUUCGCGACCAUGGGAGACUUGAUUGGUUUCGACGGUUAUCUCAAUACGACAACCCCAUUUACGCUGCGCGAGCAUGAGGUGCUUUGGAAAACAGACCGAAGAUAUCAUGACUUCAGUAUCGGCAACUCUUACAAUGAUACUUGCCAAUACCCCAAGUUUUGGUUGGAAGAUGGCUUCCCGGUAACCAACGACGUCACAGACCAAAUGAUCGGCUGUUACGACAGCGAAUUCGAUCAAUAUGGAGAUACAGAGGCUUUUGGAGUAUUUCCUGAUUGGCGAAGGCAGCUUUCGAAGUUUGCUUCAGUCCAAGACCGUCUAAGAGAAUGGCAUGAACCGACCCGCCAAAAAAUAGAAAACUUCUACUGCAUGCUUGUUGCUCAGCUCGAUAUUGAUGGCUAUCGCUACGACAAGGCAACACAAAGCACUGUCGAUGCCAUGGGAUCCAUGAAUGACGCUAUGCGCCAAUGCGCCCGUAGAUUCGGAAAGAGUAACUUUUUCCUUCCUGGAGAGAUUACCGGCGGAAAUGUUUUUGGGUCAUUAUACAUUGGUCGCGGACGACAGCCCGAUAUGCUUCCCGAAAAUCUUACAGCUGCUAUCACCAUGACAAACACUUCCGAUAGCAAAUACUUUCUCAGACAGCCACAGUAUGGAGGUCUCGACGCGGGCGCUUUUCACUAUACAGUCUACCGGACUCUGACGCGGUUUCUGGGUAUGGACGGUAAUCUCGAAGCCGGCUACGACUCUCCGACGAAUUGGGUGGACAUGUGGAACAAUUUCCUAUUGACAAAUGAUUUUGUCAAUCCAAAUACUGGAAAGUUCGACCCGAGGCAUAUGUACGGCACGGUCAACCAAGAUGUCUUCCGUUGGCCUGCAGUAUCAAAUGGUAUACAACGUCAGCUCUUGGGGAACUUUAUUACCAGUAUCCAGCUCCCUGGGGCACCUCUUCUCCUUUGGGGUGAGGAGCAGGGCUUCUAUGUCCUUGACAACACGGCAUCCAAUUAUAUCUUUGGGCGUCAGCCCAUGUCUUCUGCGACGGCGUGGAAGACCCACGGUUGCUAUCGAUUGGAUUCAACACAAUACUUUGAAAUGCCACUUGACGCUGCUCGCCGUGGCUGUGAGGAUGACACAGUGAUCUACGACCACCGCGAUCCUUCUCAUCCAAUCCGGAACAUCAUUCGGCACAUGAAUCAACUUCGAGAACAGUUCCCGGUUCUGCAGGAUGGCUUCUUCCUCCAACAGCUUUCCAACCAAACUCACCUCAUACAGUACCCCGGUUCGGGAAACACCACUACUGAGACUGGAAUGUGGUCUGUGUUACGAUCAUCUUUUGCCGGCCACCAAGAUCUCAGUGGCAUCGGUGCAGGCAACCAGCCUGUAUGGCUUCUCUAUUCUAACCAGAACGCUUCCCAGGUUUACGAGUUUGAUUGUCUUAACAACAUGACCGACAUGAAUACGACCAGUUUGGUAUCUCCCUUCGAUGAGGGUACAACCGUGAAGAACUUAUUCUAUCCAUACGACGAACACACCUUGCAGACCAGCGCCCAUUCACUGGGGAUCAAUGGAUCUACUGAACGAAAUGGUUGUUUGAGAGAGCUAGACAUGGAAGCCUAUGACUUUCGUGCCUACGUUCCUAUUGACCAGUGGUUAGGACCUAAGCCCAUGGUAACACAUUUUAGUCCUGGUCAUGAUGCACGUCUAUUAUCCGCCGUCGACAUCAACGGGACAGAGUCGCUCGAUGUCGAGUUCAAAUUCUCCACAGAAAUGGACUGUGAUAGCGUCACCGCCAGCGUUAUUUUCAACUCAUCAAGUGCAUCAGGAACUACGCCCUCUUUGGAUCGAACCACCGUAAGGUGCGAAAGAUUGAGCACACCCGAGACACCUGACUACGUAGGAGCAAUCUCAUCAACAUGGGCAUGGUCUGCUACUCUGCGAAACGUCUCGAAUGGUAUACAUGCCAUCACACUUCGGAAUGCAUCAGCUCUUUCUGGUGACCACACCAAUGCUGUGGAUCGAUUCUUGUUUAGAAUUGGCCAACAGGAUAACCCGAUAGUGUUUCCCACGACGGCAAAUUAUUCAUCCACACUCGUCAACAAAGCUGGCCAUGGAACUCUUUUGCUUUCUCAUGCCGCUCCUGGCGCUGACAAGUGGCGAUACUCGACAAACUGGGGUUCUUCGUUUUCCGAGUGGCUCCCCUAUACUGGAGGUGAAGUGGAAAUCCACGAGCAAGCCUGGUCUGGUACCAAACUUCAAGCAUGGAAAGGUACACAUGUUCGCGUGGAGUACUUCAGCCGCUUGGCUGGCAGCGCCGAUCAUAUUCAAGAGGGCGAUGUGGACCGGACAACUCUCCGCCGAUUUCCGCAUUUGUUUCUCAACGGCCCAUACAACCUUUAUGGCUAUGAUGCUGGAUUGAACAAUCGAAUGGAGCUUACAGACAACGCCACCUGGUCGCACCAUUUCAUGACUGAGUGGCUAGAUGAUGGGACUUUGGCACAGAUCAACGUGUGGGGUAUCAAUCCAGAUGGCGAUCCAGACCAAACACAAGUGUUUGGAGAUGUUGAUGGUGACAGCGUCCUCGACAGGCUGCCACCAUCUUCACUAUCAGAUCUCGUCCUCAAUAUCACACAACCCCCUCCAAAGCCUUAUCUAGGGUGGCAAAUCGCUGUCAAUGAUGGUACUCUUCGCUUUUCGCUCACUCCAUCAGGUAACAUGUGGAAUCAGCUCAUCCUGUACAUUUUGUUAUGGACGAUCCCCAUAAUCUCGGCCGGAACUGCCGCAUGGUUGUUUGUCCAGUCAUUUUACGACGUCAAAUUCAAUGAAGUUGGAAUCUCCGAAAAGGCCACCCUUGUUGGCGCGAUCUUCAAAAAGCCCUUGAAGAAGCUUGUGGAUGCAGAAGACAGUCCUGGUAUCUUGGGCAAGUUUUCUCGCAAGCCAAAGUUCUUGCAAGAGACCGAUACUGUCUUGAACCAAACUCGUCGCAAAACUGUCUUGAUUGCGACGAUGGAAUACGACAUUGAAGACUGGGCUAUUAAGAUCAAAAUUGGAGGGUUGGGGGUCAUGGCUCAGCUCAUGGGAAAGAAUUUGGGCCACCAAGACCUCAUCUGGGUCGUACCGUGUGUCCGAGACGUUGACUACCCCGAAGAUACAAAGGCUGAGCCAAUGACCGUCACUAUUCUCGGCAAAACCUUUGAAGUACAAGUCCAGUAUCAUGUCCUCCGAAACAUCACAUACAUUCUACUGGAUGCGCCAGUAUUUCGGCAACAAACAAAGUCAGAGCCCUACCCACCCAGAAUGGAUGACCUCGAGUCCGCCAUUUAUUAUUCGGCUUGGAAUCAAUGCAUUGCUCAGGCUUUGAAACGAUUCCCCGUUGAUUUGUAUCACAUCAAUGACUACCAUGGAUCUAUUGCGCCACUCUACCUUCUUCCACGGACCAUUCCAGCCUGCCUCUCACUUCACAACGCCGAGUUUCAAGGCCUUUGGCCCAUGAGAACUCGGCACGAGCGAGACGAGGUAUCUUCAGUCUUCAAUUUAUCAACGGAGCUCGUGCAACGAUACGUCCAAUUCGGCGAAGUCUUCAACCUCCUUCAUGCAGGGGCGUCCUAUCUUCGUCUUCAUCAGCAAGGUUUUGGAGCCGUUGGAGUGUCAAAAAAGUAUGGGAAGCGGUCCUAUGCAAGAUAUCCAAUUUUCUGGGGCCUGAAGAAGAUUGGUAAACUUCCCAAUCCUGACCCAUCCGAUACGGGAGAUUGGGACAAAAAACUUCCCAGAGAAGAAGAUAUCCAUAUCGAUCCUGCUUUUGAAGCGGCCCGUCCUGGAUUAAAACGCCAGGCGCAAGAAUGGGCGGGGUUAGAACAGAAUCCAAAGGCGGAACUUUUCGUUUUUGUUGGCCGUUGGUCAAUGCAAAAGGGGAUUGACCUAAUUGCAGAUGUGUUCCCUUCGCUACUGGAGUCGAACAAAGACAUUCAGCUCCUCACCGUUGGACCGGUCAUUGACUUGUACGGCAAGUUCGCAGCGAUGAAACUCGAUCGAAUGACGGAAUUAUACCCUGGAAGAGUUGUCUCUAAGCCAGUCUUCACCGCCCUCCCCCCUUUCAUCUUUUCGGGAGCAGAAUUUGCUCUGAUCCCAUCCAGAGAUGAGCCAUUCGGCCUUGUGGCUGUUGAAUUUGGACGAAAGGGUGCACUUGGAGUUGGUGCGCGAGUUGGCGGUCUAGGGCAGAUGCCAGGUUGGUGGUAUACUGUCGAAGCUACAACAACAGCACACUUGAUCCAUCAAUUCAAACUUGCAAUCGAGGAGGCCCUCAGCUCCAAACCUGAAGUUCGAGCCUUGAUGAGAGCACGAUCAGCACUUCAAAGAUUCCCAGUUGCCCAAUGGGUGGAAGAUCUUGAGAUUCUGCAAUCUACUGCUGUGCGAAUUCAUGACAAAGUCGAAGCUUCGAAGCGCCACUCGACUGUUAUCGAUCUUAUCAAACCACCCUCAAUAUAUUUCCCCCAUAGUGGGAUGAGUUCACCUGGAAUAUCUUCGCCCUCCGGAGCUCAUACUCCAGCUCUAUGGUCCCAUUCGCGCGGAGCGAGCCAUUCUGGCUUAUCCACGCUUGCUGCCCGAUUGAAGAAUAUAAGACACGGUCGAGAACCGCUCCACGACCUCAAUAAAGCAUCAAGUCCUGGCCUUGCAAGAUCCACCUCUCUAGGAUCCCAUCACGGACCUGGUCAUACAAAUGUUCGAGAUACUUUCGACCUUGACGGAACGAAGACUCCAGAAAUCCACUCACCUCUGGCGGAUGUUGAAGGUGAUGAUAUUGGAGUUCCUAGCCCUGGCCGAGGGCAUACCAACAUACCUCAUGCUACUCCGGAGGAAGAUUCUGAUGAGAGUGAUAUUGACGAAGAUGAGCACAUUACAAUGUCAACUGAGACGAGGGGCGGCUAUCACAGACUUGCAGUUGAGAAUGGCCACCAGACCCCACCACUGGUCUCUUCAGUGCGAGUGUCUCAGACUCCAAGUGUCGAAAUGAUGGUUCAUCCCAGACACCGACGUAGCCCUCUGGACAGUCCCGAAUCCCCAGAUCCUCCUCGUCCAGGCUCAGGUCUACUCGCAGCACCAACACCAGGUCUUGAUGAAGCGGGGACCCGGAUCUCUGCCAGCCCAUCUGUACUCUCAAUCAACUCAAUAGUGGGAGAGAAGACCGAUUUUAACCUUCAGAAGGUAGAUCCAUUCUUCACCGAUAGCAACGGAGAGUUCGCCAGAAAUUUUGAGAAGAAGCUUGACAGCCUGAAUGGUAAUAACUCGGAAACUACGAAUUGCAUCGAGGAGUUUCUCGUCAAGUCAGAAAAAUCCUGGUUCACAACAUUCAGAGAUGCCAAACUUGGUCGCAAUUACUAUACUCCAAGCGUUCACGAAUCACGCAAUGUUUCCGGAACCCCUUCGAUCAUCGGCCAGCGCAGUGAAUCAGGAAGUGACAGCCAAGACCACGAAUACGAUAGCAUUGCUGACGAAUUCCUGCUCGGGAAGGACUAUGUCCCACCAUCUGGCAUACGGAAAUGGAUGCAAAUCCGAGUAGGGGAUUGGCCUGUCUAUGCAUUUUUCAUGGCAUUUGGGCAGAUUAUUGCGGCCAACUCAUACCAGAUCACGCUACUGACAGGAGAGAUCGGUCAAACGGCGGAGAAGCUAUACAUCAUCGCAACCAUCUACCUCGUCACCUCGUUGUUCUGGUGGAUUCUCUUUCGACGGUUUAGCUCAAGGCUUUGCUUGUCACUCCCUUUUUUCUUCUACGGCCUAGCAUUUACACUGAUCGGUGUUGCGCAUUAUGCUAGCACCACCAACGGUCGAGGAUGGACCCAAAAUGUUGCGACUGGGUUCUACGCAGUUGCUUCAUCGUCUGGCUCGAUAUUUUUCGCCCUCAACUUUGGUGACGAAGGUGGGGCACAUGUGAAAGCAUGGGUUUUUCGGGCUUGCGUGAUCCAAGGUACUCAGCAGAUUUACGUGGUAGCACUCUGGUAUUGGGGAUCAUACCUGAAUCGCAGCCAAGCUGAUGGGAUAUUGGCCUCGACCAACCCGAUCACGAACUCCUGGAAGAUUACAGCGAUCUCAUUGCCAAUCGCCGUACUUCUCUGGUCUGUCGGAGUAGUGAUGUGGUUGGGAUUGCCCAAAUAUUACCGACAAGCACCUGGAACAAUGCCAAGCUUCUAUAAAAGCCUGGGACGACGGAAGAUUGUACUUUGGUUCUUCUUGACGGUGAUUAUUCAAAACUUCUUCCUAUCGGCGCCAUAUGGUCGCAACUGGGCAUUUCUCUGGAGCAGCCGUCACGCAUCAACGUGGCAGAUUGUUCUCCUGGUGAUUUUCUUCUUUGUCGCCGUCUGGGCUGGAAUCCUAUGGCUCUUCGGUAUGCUGUCCAAAUCGCACAGCUGGAUUCUCCCCAUGUUUGCCAUCGGUCUCGGAGCGCCUCGAUGGGCUCAAAUCUGGUGGGGCACCAGCAACAUCGGACUCCAUCUCCCUUGGGCAGGUAGCUAUACAGCAGGCGCAUUGGCAUCUCGGGCUUUGUGGUUAUGGCUUGGGACUUUGGAUGCUCUCCAGGGGGUAGGCCUAGGCAUGAUCCUACUUCAGACCUUGACACGGGUUCACAUUGCCUUUACACUGAUUAUGGCGCAAGUUCUGGGCUCUGUGGCAACAAUCGUGGCAAGAGCGUGCAGUCCCAACAAAAUAGGGCCUGGUCCUAUCAGUCCGGACAUCAGUGCUGGGUUUUCAAGCACCUUUCAGCCAUGGUUCUGGAUCGGACUCGUGGCUAAUUUGAGUAUCUGUGUGGGAUAUUUCAUGGUAAGCUCAAUCGGUGUUGGUUCGUUUUAAAAGUCACGAGUACUAACAAGAUACACAGUUUUAUCGCAAAGAACAGCUCAACAAGCCCUAGAACGUAUGAGAGACGUGAGAAAUGACAAUGUUAAGCAACAAUGACAAGGGUCAUGAAUUAUAACUAGACAGCUAGAUAGAGACGGCUAGCAGUGACCUGAUAUCAAUAUUCUAGUCUCGCAGCAUUUGUCCAUUCGAGUGCACAAGAUCGUGAGAAAGUGGUCAAUCAAGUUGAAGAAUGUGUAUUUAUUUCUAGCGGAAUUGAUGUCUUCAAUUCUCCUGAGAUACUUACCUACUAAAUACCUAUCUAACAUGUCUACGUAUCUACGGUUUUGCCUGGUGAUAGCAGCAGAAACACACAUGUAUGUCAAUCUACUCUAGCAUGGAUGAUAUAAUCGAUCAAGGAUAGCAGUUCCUUGGGACCGAAUUCUUGCACGCAACACGAAAGCUCACGUGGUCUCAGUCCAUUGUGAUCGAAGGUGAAGGGGGCAUACAGCGACAUGUCACGUGCGGAAGCUCAAGGUCAGGGGUUGCCAUGAUUCCUUCAAAAGGGAUAGACUGUCUGCUUCUACACAAUUCUAUGGAUCUUUGCUUCAAUUCAUUACAUCAGGUCGAAUU